AUGGGCUACUUGGCGCGACAAUGUCCUCGUUGUAAUGGAUCUCCGUCUGGGGAAACCAGUAACAAACGUCUCUAUCAGACGCCUAUUCAAGUUCCCCUUACGUCCGUUGUUAUUCCUGCCGAGCCCUCCAUUUACCUACCACCGGAGCCUGAUCUUAUCAAUGUCAUCUCUUUGGAAACCUCUCCCGGAGUCAUAACUGAAGAGAUCACACGCUCUUUGGCUACGUCUUCCACACCUGUAGUUGAAGAGACCUCAUUUUCUUUGGCUUCUUCUCCUUCACGUAUACGAACGUCGGCAGUCUCUAAGUAUGCAACGGCACCAUACACUAGUACUCGUUCCCACUCGACUGUCUCUUCCCAUCCGCGAGAAUCCACGACUAAGACGUCCUCACCUCGCGCUACUUGCUCCAGCUGUAGUGCUGAGGGACAUCAACGUAAGACUUCCAAACAAUACCCACACUAUACUGCUCCAUCCAAAAAAGGAACCACUUCGUCCGUUCCUGCUAGCCCUGCAGUAAGCGCGAUUAAUGAACCUUCUGAGGAUAUUGAUAUGGAUGGAUCUACUGAUGAGUCCCAUGAAUUGUUGCUUGCUUCACCUAACAUUUUCAUGGGUGAUGUCGUGUUUGACCACGUCUAAUACUAACCUUUACUCGUGAGAUUACAUUUGACUGAAUUACAUGUACCUUGAUUAGCACCCCGACUUUUUCAGACAACUGUUUGAGUUGAAGUUACUUUUAUGUUUGUUUUUAUGUUUGAACAGCACUUUUUAUUUAAUUGAUUAAAAAUAUGAAUUAUGACAAAUGAUUAUAUUUCUUACGUGUUUUGUUCCUUGCUAAUGUUUUUAUAGUUUACAU